AUGGAGAAGAAGCACAACACUUCCAUUCGAGCGAUGCGGGAAACCUGGGCACCAGGCUGUGAUGGGUUCCUUGCCUUGUCAACAAAGUCUAAUCCUCAGAUACCUGCCAUUAGUGUUCCGCAUAGGGGAAAAGAAAAGUACGGCAACAUGUGGCAAAAGAUUUCGAGCAUGUUCCAAUUUGUUGGAAAACACUAUCUAUUGGAAUUCGGUUGGUUCUACAUGGGUGGCAAUGACCUUGUGGUCUACCCGCAAAACUUGAAAAACUAUCUUGGAACCAUUAAUUCUAGCGAACCUCACUAUUUUGGGAGACGCUUCAUUUUUAAUACUGAAGGGGCUGGCUAUGUUCUCUUGCAACCGGCCCUUCAGUGCUUACUCAAAAACUAG